AUGACGACUGUAAGCACCGUGACAACGACUAUCAUUCUCGAGGCGGAGAAACCACAAUCUGUUCCGCUCGAGACGGUGAAAUACACCGAUCUCCUAGAGAAAGAUGCCCUUGAAACCUCUAAGCUUCUUCGAUCCUGCCAAAGCCCAGGGGUCUUCUACCUGGACAUAUCCGGCUGCAAUGCUUAUUUCAACGGCGACGCCUACCUCGAAAAUAUUCAGUUCUUGUCCCAACAGCAAGAAGAAUACUUUUCUCUACCGUUCCACGCUAAAAUGAAAGAUUAUCUCAACUUCCCUGCCGAGAAGGGAUACCAGUACUCCCAAGACAUCGAGACAUUCGACAUACCCUACAGUUCCUUUCAAGAGGAUGAUAUACCGUCUCCGCUGGAUGCUCUGUCGAUCUAUUUCAUGGUGGCACAUACACAUGCGAUUGCAAUCAAUCUAAUUCGCAGUCUAUCACCGUUCAUCGGCAACGAAGACGUCCGGAAAUAUAUUACCUCCAUGCACGAUGAAAGCGAUAUAUCGCGCUCCGGAAUGAAAUUAGAGAAUCUCAUGGCUGCGGAAAAGGAAAAGUCGGGGUAUAUGCAUGCCUCGGGGAGUACUGACGGAGGAUCCCUUUCACUACGUUUUUGCGACGAGGCGAUGAUCGAGUAUCUGGACGUGGAGACUGGGGAUUGGGCAUAUAUUGAGCCUCGUAGGGAUUGUCUGGUUGUCCAUGUGGGGGAUUUGUUAUGUGCUGCUAGUAAAGGCCAGUUCCGGGGGCCGCUGCAUCGUGUGGGACACCCGUUGGUUGGCGCUGAAGAUCGCCGGUGUAUGACGUAUCAUCUAUGGCCUACGGAUGGCUUGGGAUGGCGUGGUAGAUAG